UUACGUUUGAAUAUUUUUGAUGCGGGCCGUCAGAAGUGAAAUGAAACUAAUGUGUGGUCAUGAGCUAGCUGAGUUGAAGAUCAUUUUUCACUCUUACGAAUUGUAAAUCAACAAGUAAGCAACUUCGGACGUCGAAGAGACACGGCAAGGAUGAGCCCUGGCAUCAAAGAGACAAACGGCCUGAGUCUCCCUGAGGCAUACAAGGCCAGCUUGGAGCAGCACAUUGAACAGGGGGGCUGGAGUCUGGUCUGCCGAGAUGAGGAGCUCUGCAAGCACAUUGAGGACAUCCUCAAGGGACAGAGCACCCAUGACUGUUACCUCACCCAUGGCCUGGACGUGCUCUCUGUCAUGGAGGAGUCACUUCGCUGCCCAGUCACAGCCAGGGCUGGACUGAAGGGGCUGGCCAGGGCAUUUGAGGUGCUGGAGCUGGCCUCUCUCAACCUCUACCUGUAUCCAUGGAGGAAGGAGUACAGAAUAAUCAAGACCUACUCUGGCAUGUUCACACACCAUGUCAGGCCAGCUUUGUCCAUGGAGCAGGUGGUAGAGCUGUUCGGACUGCUGGGCUACCGGGCCUCAGCUGGGGCCAGUGGGGAGCAGGAGCUACGCCUGGGCACAGCACCCGUGCGGCCGGACGAUCUUCUUAGCCUGGCCUGCAGCUUCUUCACCGCCCGCUGUGAGUGCCAGCUGCUGCUGACCUCGCUGGAGUCCCUGAGACGGCCCCAGGCGCGGACGUCUGAGUGGGGCCUGAGGCUGGUGCAGGAGAGACGCAGAGGCCCCAGCCUCCAGGUGGCGCUGCAGAGUGUCCAGAGGAGCCUGGGAGUCCACAUGCGGCCUAUCAAGGAGGUUUGCAGCGACGCUUCAGAAGUGGAUGAGGACUUGUACACGGGAGAGGGAGAUGGUGGAUCCAGAAGUCCCGAGUCCAAACGUUCCCACCGACCUCUCAAACAGUCCCACAGCAGCCCUGUGCUUUGCACUGGUGAGGCGUCAUCACAAACAGGACGUCUGUGUGUGUCCACCCUGAACUACCAGAUCUCCUCCCCGUCUUCGCCAGGUGGAGGUGCCAGGCAUGAGCCAGCCAGCGCAUUUGAGGGGCAGACAUUUCAGAAUACCAGCAGAGGCACACCCUGCGUUUCUCAAAAGCCCCUAGAAGUGUGUAGCUGUGUGGAGUCUGGAAACCACUACAACCGCUUUUGUCAACAGUGCAAUACGGUCCAUUGCUCAACCUGUGCUGUCCUUGACUACUGCGAAAGGGAAGUAGGACACAACAUAUCCUUCUGCAGCGAGAUACUCUUGCCAGAGGCAGCCGAAAGUAAGACAAAACAUAUCAAACUCAUGAGUCCUAAGGACAAGCGCUCCCCACCUGGGUUCCCAGAAAGGCACUUUUGUCUGGACGGCAAAGAUAAACCGCAUGUCACCUGCCGCACUUGCCGGCGUGCCCACGACUGCCUGUGCGAGGAUGGGCAACGAUGUGUCCAGGAAAGCCACGAGUUGGAGUACCAACUGGAGCCAAGCAAGUCCAUGCCUCUCCACCAGUGCUGUGCCUCCACCUGGCCCCGUCCCCAGUUCGCCUGCCUAAGUUGCAAGAUCUUCCAUUCUGCCUCCUGCCCCGACGGAGCUUCCUGUAAACAAACACACAGUGUGCGUGAGUUGAUGGAUGUGUGUGAAUCAUGCUCUCGGGCUCCUGAGGUUCUGUGUAAGCACUGCUGCACCCAGUUGUGCAAAGAGUGCUGGUAUAAGAGCCCCCUGCAAUGUCUGUGUGGAAACCCCUUUGACUACCCAGGUACUGCUGUGUGAUUGGACAUUCAAAUGGCUGUACCAGUCUUCUCCAGCACAUUGGCCUGUGCAUCUUCACCAAUGCUGCCUUUGAAGUAUUCUUCAAACUUUAGAAUGUCUCACAGGGAAGGCUAGAAGACUGGAUAAGAAGGAAACCGUUUGAACAUUUCAAGCACCAUAUAUGCCAAAGUAAUACUAACUUGUUUUGAAUGUGUAUGUUUAUAUAAUUUCUCCUUUCACAUGUAUUAGUUUAGUGUUUCUUGGAGGCUAAAUUUCUAAGACAUUCUCUCAAGCAGAGUGAAACCCUCUUUUGUCUUCCAAAGAUUUGUGAUAGUUUCACUUAAAAUGUAAAAUGCAUUACAAUGCAAUUGAAAGAGGGGACUAAGAAGCAAGAUGGUUUGUAGUGGAGUUAGAGACAUACUUUCAGUUUCAUCCUUAUAAACUGGAUGCAGAAUGUUACCUGUAUUUUUUCCUUGUGCUUGUAAAGAAUUGAUCUGUGUGAGUAUGGAUUUCAUGCAUUUUCAUCCCAUUUCUUCGGAGAUUUUACUGGGUAAAGAAAGGUCUUCUAGACUCUAAAAAGCCA